AUGCCUUUAUAAAAAAUUUCCAAAAAAUCUAAAAAAGUCUUCAAAAAAUAAUGUGUUACUAAAAAGAAUAUAAAAAACAAAAGAGAAUAGAAAUUCAAUCAAAUAUCAAAUGAUUUAAAAAAUGAAUUUAAAUAUGUUCUUUUACCAACAAUGUCUAUUAAAUAAAUUGAGACAUGUUAUGCUAUUGCUAUUAAUAAUCGUAAUACACUUUGUAUAGUUGCAAUGUGCUCAAUGAUCAAAAUUAUGGAAAUACAAGAAUUAAAGAAAGAAUUCAAUUAAAAUUCCUUAGAAGACAAAGCAAAAUGUAUUUAACUACAAAUUCUAGAAGGAAUACAUACGGAUAUAGUUAGCACUUUAAAUUUUAUGGAAAAACCUGAGAAUAUUGAUUCAUUUAUCUCUGGUUCAUUUGAUGGAAGAAUCAUUAUAUGGGCUCUAAAAAAAAUAAAGCAAGAUUUUGUUAAACAAAAAUAAUGGUUCCCUUAGUUUAUUUUGUUAGUUCAUAUUUCUUAUGUAAACUGUUUAAGUUUGCUGAAUGAUGAAAAUAUUAUUUCUGGAAGCAGCGAUAAUACUAUUAAAUUGUGGAAUUUGAAUAAAAUAAAAAAUGAUUGGUCAUGUAUUCAAACUAUUAGGGAGCACACUGAUAUAGUUUUUGGAUUAUCAAUCAAUGAAGAUAAAAAACAAUUAAUAUCUUGUGGAGGUGAUAAAAAAAUAUUAAUUAUGAAAUUGACAUCAAAUGGCAAAUUAUAAAUAAAUUAGAUAAUUAAUGUUGAUAUUAGAGGUAGUAGAAUAACAUUUAUUACAAAUGAAUUGUUUGUUUUCCUUUAAGAAUCAUCAAAUAAUCUUCAUAUUUAUAAAGCUUUAAGAAAAAAUAUUUAUGAAUAGUAUUAGGAAUUUCCUGUUUCAGGAGGAGGACAAAGUUGUGAUUUUUAUUUUCCAGCAUAAUAUAUCAAGCAAAUGAAUCUCUUAGUUCUAAAAAAUUGAAGAUGUGUAAAUUUAAUAAAAAUAGAUAUUAAUCUUAACAAUUAAAAUUUAUAUAUUUAAUGCAAUUAAUAAUAGGUUCUUACAUUUGGAAAACUUGAAGUCUCAAGAACUUAUGGAACCAUAAGUAAUAAUGGGGACUUGUUGAUGACAUGGAAUUCGACAUCAAAUUAAAUACAGUUUAGAAUCUUGAAAGAGAAUAUUGAAAAAAAUCAUCAUAUUUGA